AAGAGGAGCAGAGGGGGGAGAGAAUCUAUAUGAGUUGAGUAGAGGAGAAAAAGUAGAGGGAGGGGAAGGAAAAAGGACAGAGAGUGUGGGAGGGAGGGACAGACAGAAUAGGAGGACACACAGCCAGACAGCACUAACAGGGAGAAAACUGAUCCCAGUGAAAUAGCCCAGAGUAAGAACAGCAUCGCUCUCCUUCCCUCUCGUCAUUCCACACACAUGGAUACAUAACGGUGGGAUUCAGGGACCCUACAUGCUGUGUGUUCUACAGAUACAUUGUGCAAUAUGGCAAGGUGGAUUUUAUCACUGGAUUGGUGGAAAGCCUCUUUUUUUCUGCUAUUUCUGCAAGAACUUCACACAGUAACUACAGCUUCUCAUGUGGAUAUUCUAAAAGCUCUGGAACUCCGAGAAGGCACCAGAGGAGUAACACUUGCGUCAGGACUUUGUACACAGCGGCAGGGGAUUGAAGAGACGGAUAUCGCUUACCGAUUAGAGAACAGAACACACUUCAGCGCUCCCACCAAGCAGCUAUUCCCAGAUGAAACUUUCCCUGAGGACUUCUCAAUACUCAUCACUCUGAAGGCCAGAAAAGGAGCUCAGUUCUUCAUAUUCUCUAUUUAUAAUGAGCAUGGCGUCCAGCAGCUUGGUGUGGAGAUAGGGCGUUCCCCUGUGUUUGUAUAUGAGGACCAACAUGGCAAACCAACCCCCGAAAACUACCCCUUCUUCAAAAAGAUCAACUUGGCUGAUGGCAAGUGGCACCGGAUAGCACUUAGUGUGGAAGGGAAAAACAUAACGAUGAUUAUUGACUGCGACAAGAUGGAGAGUCACACGUUGGACCGGAGCACAAAUCCCAUCAUUAGCACUGAAGGAGUGACUCUCUUAGGCACCAGGCUGCUCGACGAAGAUGUGUUUGAGGGAGAUAUCCAGCAAUUAAUGUUCGUGCCAGACCCCAAAGCAGCCUUUGACUAUUGCACCCAUUUCAUGCCAAGCUGUGAACAUGCCCUGAUCUACGGCAUACAUGCUGAAGACCCUGCAUUUCCUGAAGAGAGCAUUCAAGAAACUAAGCCGAGAAAAAAAGGCAAGAAAGGGAAAGGCAAAAAAAAGGACAGGAAGGGCAAAAAGAAGAAGAAAAAAUCUGUCGUUGAGGGGACAGAACCCACUCUCAGAACUAUCAUGGAUGUUACACCAGGAUAUACUACCUCAUCAAUUACACCAGCAGUCACUAUUGUCACGACAGAGACAAGAAAAAAUAACCGAAUCAGAGAAGAGGACCCUUUAUCUGACUAUGAUGACUAUUACUAUACUCCAUCGCCUGAAGAUGUCACAGUAUCAACAGUUAUAGCAAACUUCACUGAAAUGGACAACGAGGAAAUGACAGAGAUGUAUAUUUUUGGAGGAGAAGAGGAAAACAACACAAGAGGGAAUGACUAUGAGUUUAGCGAGUAUGACGAUGAUUAUGAGGAAAGGCGGAGGAGGUAUGGACCUGUAGAACGUGGUGAAGUGGACACUCAAGAAACUAAACCACAGGAAGUGAACUUGAAGGGAGAGAAAGGAGAACCGGCCAUCUUGGAACCUGGCACUCUGAUCGAAGGGCCACGUGGAAACCCAGGUUAUCCGGGAGAUCCAGGUCCUGCUGGGCCUGUUGGACCCCCUGGACCACGUGGAGAUCCAGGUGAGAGGGGUCCUCCUGGGCGACCUGGUCUUAAUGGAGCUGAUGGUAUUCGAGGACCACCAGGGAACACUGUGAUGCUCCCUUUCCAGUUUGGAGGGGAUUCAAGACUACAGACAGUGUCUUUCCAGGAAGCACAGGCUCAGUCCAUCUUACAGCAAGCAAAACUGGCUAUGAAAGGACCCCCUGGUCCAACUGGGAUGACGGGACGUUCAGGCCCGCUUGGUCCUCCGGGGUCACAAGGUUCAAAGGGUGACUAUGGGGAUCCAGGACCUCCAGGUCCUCGGGGCUUCCAAGGUAUUCCAGGACCCCACGGAAAGCUUGGCAAAAGAGGGCGCUCUGGAGCAGAUGGUGCUCGUGGUGUUCCAGGAGAAACUGGAAUGAAGGGUGAUCGAGGUUUUGAUGGUUUGCCAGGACUCCCAGGAGAAAAGGGUCACAAGGGAGAAGUGGGUGGCCAAGGUCCUGCUGGUCCUCAUGGAAAGGAUGGUGAAAAGGGUUCUGCUGGACCACCGGGGCCUGCCGGUUCUCCAGGAGAAGCAGGUGCUCGUGGUUUGGUUGGACCCCGUGGGUCCCCUGGACCUCCUGGUCAGCAAGGAGUGAAUGGAAUUGAUGGCGCUCAAGGCCCAAAAGGAAAUCAGGGUAUCCAAGGAGAGGCAGGACCUAAUGGGCAGCAAGGAGCUCCAGGGCCCCAUGGUCUGCCUGGACCUCAAGGUCCCAUUGGAUUGCCUGGGGAGAAGGGUCCCCCGGGAAAGCAAGGAAUCUCAGGACUGGCUGGAUCAGAUGGGCCACCUGGGCAUCCAGGAAGAGAAGGGCCAGCUGGUGAGAAGGGAAUUCAGGGUCCACCAGGCUCCCCUGGCCCAAUCGGUUACCCCGGAACACGUGGAGUAAAGGGAGCCUUUGGAGUAAGAGGGCCAAAGGGAAGCAAAGGGGAGAAGGGUGAAGAUGGAUUUCCAGGUUUUAAAGGAGACAUGGGACUCAAAGGAGACAGGGGGGACCCUGGUACUCUUGGAGUACGUGGAGAGGAUGGUCCCGAGGGGCCAAAAGGGCAGGCUGGACCCUUUGGUGAAAUAGGACAAAUGGGGGUACCUGGUGAGAAGGGAAAGCUGGGUGUACCAGGACUUCCCGGAUAUCCAGGCCGUCAAGGUAGCAAGGGCUCCAAUGGCUUUGCUGGACCAUUGGGAGCAAUUGGAGAGAAAGGCAAGAGGGGGAGAGCUGGACAAGCAGGACCUCCAGGUCAACGAGGCCCUACAGGCAUUCGUGGAGAGCGAGGUCAAAGAGGACCAACAGGAAAACCAGGUCCUAAAGGGGACAGUGGCAAUGAUGGAGUUCCCGGCACUAUGGGUGAAAAGGGACCUCCAGGUCCUCAGGGACCUACUGGCUUUGCAGGACCCAAAGGGCCUACGGGACCUUCUGGCAAGGAUGGGUUACCUGGACAUGCUGGGCAGCGAGGAGAGCCAGGAUUUCAAGGCAAAACAGGUCUUCCAGGGCCAUUUGGAGUUGUGGGGCCACAGGGCAAAUCUGGAGAAAUAGGGCCUAUGGGUGAGAGAGGCCAUCCAGGAGCCCCAGGGUCACCAGGGGAACAAGGAUUGCCAGGGGCAGCUGGAAGGGAAGGAGCAAAGGGAGACCCUGGUCCAUCUGGCAUUCCAGGAAAAAAUGGACCACAAGGAUUAAGAGGGUUUUCAGGUGCCAGAGGCAUUGCAGGAGAAGCCGGUCCAGCUGGAUUGAAAGGAGGGGAAGGGCCACCUGGAGCACCGGGUGCAACGGGGCCCGGAGGUGAACGUGGUCCUUCUGGACCAGCAGGAGGUAUUGGGCUUCCAGGUCGGCCAGGAGGCCAGGGACCAUCUGGACCAGCUGGUGAAAAAGGGAACCCAGGAGAGAAAGGACCUAUAGGACCAGCAGGACAUGAUGGGGCACAGGGCAGCAUUGGACCACCAGGACCUGCUGGUCCCCCUGGGCCUGCAGGUGAUGAUGGAGACAAGGGUGAAUUGGGAGGACCUGGACAAAAAGGAAGCAAAGGAGAAAAGGGUGACCCAGGACCUCCAGGACCAAUUGGAAUUCAGGGACCAAUAGGACACCCUGGACAAGCAGGUCAAGAUGGAGAACCUGGGAAGAGAGGCCAGCAAGGAAUGUACGGACAGAAAGGUGAUGAAGGCUACAGAGGGUUUAUUGGUGUGGCAGGUCCAAGAGGACUGCAGGGCAUGCCUGGGCCACCAGGAGAGAAGGGAGAAAGUGGACAUGUUGGACCAAUGGGCCCACCAGGUACUUCAGGUCCUAGAGGGCCACAAGGUCCUAGCGGUGGUGAGGGAGUUCAAGGAUUGUCUGGUGGAACAGGACAACCUGGAGCUGUGGGAGAAAAGGGAGAAUCAGGGGAAUCUGGAGACCCAGGCCAACCAGGGGAACAAGGACCUCCUGGAGCCAAAGGAGAUGUUGGUGAAAAGGGAGAAUCAGGUCCUUCAGGGGCAGCUGGGGCUCCUGGAAAGAAAGGCCGUCCAGGAGAAGAUGGACCCAAAGGAAACAUGGGACCAAUUGGCUUUCCUGGAGACUCAGGACAACGGGGAGAGCCUGGUAUACCGGGUGUGGAUGGGGUCCCUGGAGAAAAGGGGGAUGCUGGAGAAAGUGGAAAUGCUGGUCUUGCUGGGCCUUCGGGAGAACCUGGGCCAACAGGUCCACCAGGUCGAAGGGGGCCACUUGGACCAGCUGGGAAAGAAGGCAGACAAGGUGAAAAGGGAGCAAAGGGAGAAAUCGGUGGAGAAGGACAACCUGGAAAAACAGGACCAGUCGGGGCACAAGGAUCUCCUGGAAAAUCAGGAUCAGAAGGUCUGAGGGGCAUUCCAGGACCUGCUGGUGAACCAGGACUGUUGGGAGCACCUGGACAGACCGGACCACCUGGACCCAUGGGCCCUGCAGGAUUACCAGGCCUUAAAGGAGAUCCAGGAUUUAAGGGGGAUAAGGGUCAUGCUGGAUUAAUUGGUUUAAUUGGACCACCAGGUGAAAUGGGAGAAAAGGGAGACAAAGGACCACCUGGAAUCCAGGGAGUACCAGGUCCCAGAGGUGACUCUGGGCCGACUGGACCUCCAGGACCAAAUGGACCACCAGGAACAAGUGGCUUAUCGGGCCCUUCAGGACAGAAAGGCUCAAAAGGAGCUCCGGGCCCACUGGGACUCAAGGGAGAUCCAGGACUAGCAGGACAACCUGGGCCUCCAGGUCCACCUGCUCAAUUCAUACAGCCUCUGCCAUACGAGGAAACUAGGAAAAGGCGAAGGCAGUCUGAGGCAGAACAGGCAGAUCAGGGCCUUGCUGAUUACAUGAAUGACAAUAUGGAGGAGGUAGAAGCUGCAAUAGUUUCAAUAAAAAGGGACUUAGAACACAUGAGGCGGCCUGUAGGAUCCAAGGAGAGUCCUGCAAGAACCUGCAAGGAACUUCAGAUGUGCCACUCAGAUUUGAAGGAUGGAGAAUACUGGAUUGAUCCAAACCAAGGAUGUAACCGUGAUGCCUUCAAAGUGUUCUGCAAUUUCACAGCAGGGGGAGAAACCUGUCUCUAUCCAGACAAAAAGUUUGAGUCGGUGAAAAUUGCAGCGUGGAGUAAAGAAACCCCAGGAGAAUGGUACAGCUCCUUUAAACGAGGAAAGAAGUUCCACUACAUUGACGUUGAUGGAAACCCUGUACAUGUAGUGCAGAUGACCUUUCUCAAGCUGCUCAGUGCUGUAGGCCGUCAACAGUUCACAUAUAACUGCCAGCAAUCAGCUGCAUGGUUUGACAUGUCACAGGGGAACCACAACAGGGCGAUGAAGUUCAAAGCAGAUAAUGAAGAGGAGCUCUCACACAGUCGCACGCCACAACUCAGGGCAAUAUAUGAUGGGUGCAUGUUUCGGAAAGGCAUUGAAAGGACCAUGCUGGAGAUAAACACCUUCAAAGUGGAACAAUUACCCCUCAGGGAUGUGGCUGUCAGUGACUUCGGAGACAAUAACCAAAAGUUUGGCUUUGAAUUAGGGCCUGUUUGCUUUAACGGUUAAUCAUUUUGACUCCAAAAAACACCUCUUGACAAGCAAGAGAAGCCGAUUUGGUUUUUCUCGCCAAAUGGACCAAAAGAAAAUUCCACCACUUCAUUGGCAAGGAUUUAUCUUGACCGUUUUCCUUCUUUUUAUUUUGUGUUAUAUAUUUUAUGUUUGGAUAUCUGCAAAAGGUUUUCCCCCUCUAAACAAGGAUAUACAAAAGCCAAGUGCCCUUAUAUGCUUUAGGUUGUUUAUGUAAAGAGGGAAUCAGAUUGUGGCAUGGAGGUCACUAGACAAGAAUGAUUCAAGGUCAUAAAUGGCAGAUAUGGAAUUCUCCUAUCCCUAAAAGCAUCCCUGGUUUGUGCACUGGAGCGUAAUCGACCAAUCAGGAUGUUUCUAGUGAUGCCUCACACAAGGAACUUAAAGAAGCAAAGUGCUCUGAUUGGCUUUGGCUAUUAGCAAUCAUACACUGAAUAAGGUCUCCCAAAGUCAGCUCUUCCAAGGCCUCCUGUUUGACCCUGAUUUAUAAGGGGUUUGUUUAUUAGUGAUGCCUUAAAAACACGGAAUACAGAGGUGAGACCAUACUCACCUGUUGUGUUUGAGACCCCUAAAAUGGUGACACAAAUAUUAACUUAUAUCCUAAAUGUACUGUAUAUUUUAUGUGUAUAGAUUAUCUAACACUGUUUAAAUUGGCAUCUGGUUCUGUGUAUUAGAGAAAAUAUACUUUGCCUGCAUCUGUAAAGCUAUUUUUAUUUUAUUGGCACAUCCCUGAUCAUUUACUUUAAUACACAGAUCUUUUAUCAGACUUGGUCCCAGCAGAAACUCAAUGAGUCCAUAAUAAAACCCAUUCGGGCUCAUUUACGCUGGUGCUUUGUGCCUUUGUUGAGAUAUUAGGUCCAAGGCUCAGUGCACAGCACAAGGCAGUCCUAUAUCUAUAGUCUUGGGUGCCUUUAAGCCUGCGUUUUGCCACUUUGAUCAAUGACCCCUAUUGUCUCAAAUUCAUAUUGAAGCCAUGGUUUUGCACAUGAAAAAAAGUGGAAUUUAGGUGCUAGUCAGUGCUGUCAGGUAUUACCUAUAUUUGACCAAUACAUGAACAUUUACAUAGACAUCUUCAUAUCAAACUCAUCUGCACUGAAUAGUUAAUUGCCGUGCUAAACUUUUGUUCUCAUUACGUUCUGCUUUCUGAAUUACUGACCAUACUCCAUUUCUUCAACAUAAAUUUUUAUUUUGCUAUUAUUACUGAAAAGGACUACUACAUAUGGGUGCUAUGUUGUGCUAUGCCAAAUUCCAACUCUGACCAAAAUAAAACAUGAUCAAGCAUGCUCACUUUGUAUGUUCUUCAACCCCUUUUCAACAGAACAGAGCACAGGGUUGGACUGGGCCUGCAGGAAACCGUUAAAAAACACGGUGGGCCCAUCCCUCGUUGGCCCCCGACCAACCCAGACAUGCUCCCUGCCGGAAACUCUGCAUGCUCCCCUUGAAUUCCCCCCUGACUGCAUACGCAAAUUAAAGUAGUUCUAGGUAUGCAGGGGAGUUGCGGCAGCAAAGCAGGAGCUCACAACUGGGGUGAGAGGACCUGAGGGGGAUGUGGGAGGCCCUGAGGUGGCAGCACCGGUGGGCCCAGAACACCCCAGUCCGACUCUAAGAGAGCAUGCUAAGGCUUUUAAACAGAGUAAUUGAUAGCACUGUACAACUGUUGCCACAAAGCAAAGACUCACAUAACAAAAUGCUAAAUCAACCAAUAGCAUAUUUUGUGCAAUUUAUAGUGAGUGAAUUUGGGUGCUAAACAUGGAGGCAGCAGGAAUUUUGUAUUGCCAGUGAUAAGCCCUUUUUACCAAAGGCAACUUUCCCAACUGGUCCCCUCCCCAUGAAAAGUGACCUUGAGACUAGACGAAUUACUUGAAUUUACUCAUGAAACCGUGUGGCGCUAAACUUUAUGAAGAAAAUAUUGGUGUUAUUGUACUAUCGUUGGGGUUUUCCAUUCUAUGGUGCUAGAACUUGGCGGACAUGCUCUCACAUAUGAAGAAUAUUGUUCAUCAAGUGAACACUCCUUUGCUAUUCUAUAGAGCAUCAAAGUGUGAGCAAAAUCUAUUCAGAAGAAACCAAGUAGGAUAACAUUUUAUUGGCUGGUCUGUCUCUAUAUAAAAAAAAGCUAGUUAAAGAUAGUUGCUUGCCAAAAAACAAUACAGCAUUGUGCAAUGCAGAAGGAAAUAUUAUCAUUUGAAUAUUCCAGAGCAUAUCAUACAAAUGUAAUUUGAUCCGCAGCCAGUCUGGUCAGAUGAGGCCUUCAAUCAUCAUAUAUUUGUGGAGUCCUUAUUGACCUGGCCACUUUUUGUUUUGCCUAAGAACGGACGAUGUGUUGCCCAAUUUGGUUGUCUAUGUAUGUGUAGUCUUGAGUAACAACAAAAACACCACGCACAUCCAUUUAAGUGAUUUAAACUGGUUUAUUGAGCCACAGACUGGCUUGUUAAGGAUUUUCACAUGUUGAGGGAUAACUCUGCCUUUGUUCCUGUUGUUACUCAAGAUAAUGCUACAUGUCAAUGCCUAACCAGAAAACCAAGGAGCAUGAGAACAACUAAAAUUUGGGAUAAAUGAGGUGUAGAUGAUUUUUCAUCCAAUUCACUCAGUUGCCUUUGGUUCUAAAGAGCUUAUUAUCUUAGAACAUAUUAAUCAAGUCACUAAUGGUCUGAGGUCUCAAGUGGGAACUGCUGAUUCAUUAAAUAUUUAGAUAAACGGACAUCUUCGGCAAUAAACUUGUCCCAUUUGCAUAAACAUGUCACUACCAUUAUUUCAUCUUUCUCUCUAGUUAGACUGCAGGGUUUUCUCUUUCACGGGUCAUGUUUCAGUAUGUCUCACAGAUUUUCUAUUUGUUUUGUUUAAAAAAUAAUUUGCAUAUUUACUUAGCACUGAUAAAUGACCCACUCAAGUGAAAACAAUGUAAAAUCUACAUCGUUUAUUGAUGUCUGUUCACUACUUAAACUAAUGAAUUAGUAAGCUAGGGGAAAAGAUUUAUUGAGAGUUUCAGUCUGCAAAUUUGUGUGAUGGCCAUUUUUUAACAAGCAGAAGAUGAUGCUAAAUGUGCACUUGCAAGAGGAAGGAGUAGUGAGUAAGGUAUAUGGGUGAGUUAGAGAAUGUCUACAAGGUAUGAACAAGGUAGGACUGGGUGAGUUCUGUGAAGCAAUCAGAGGGGACAAGAGUAGAGUAAGGAGAAAUGUGCAUAAGAAGUCAAGCCUAGUCUGCUCUGGGAUUGUAAGGGUGGAAGAGGAGCAGGUCUAAGAGAGUAUGAAAUGGUAGGAGGAUGGAGGGUAAUAAUUGGGCAGUCACCAAAAACAGUCAUAUAGAGAGGAGGCAGAAAGAAAGUAUUUUGGUGAAGGAUUUAGUUGAAAUAUUUUAUUUGAUUUUCACAUUAAACAAAUAAAUCAAUAGACAGCAAAUAUUAUGCAGAAGAAGAGAGUUGGUGAAGGAUUAAUGUGCAAUAGACGAGGGAGGCGUUACAGGGAUAAUGGAGACAUUAAUAAAAGCCACAAUGCCUGGGGUGGGAAUGUUGUAGAAGUGUUAAGAACAGGGAAAGGGAGAAUAAAGAAAAGGACAGAAAAUUGACAGAUACAGGAGGGAAAGGACAGAAAUGGGAUGACUAGGUACAAGGGCAAGGCAUAGAGAGAUACAAGUGAUUAUGAGAUAUCUGCAACAUGCAAUGUUUUCAUGAAUAGAGUGUAUCCUUGGGUUAUAUAUCAGUUGAGUGCUGGAAAUAUUUAUAUAGCUCUUAGUUUCAGUGAACUCAACUGGUCCACAAAGCCAUACUGUGGAAGGAUACUAAGCAGACAAUAUAGUCAGCCUAUACAGGUCCCAUUGGCUUUCGUGUCAGAACAGUACAACGAGGUACAUUAGUAAGAAGAUAUCAGCCCAACAUAGAAAUGGCAGUAGAACUGAGGAGGACCUCUCCAAUGACUAUGGCUUAAAGGUUGUUGGUCUGAUCAGUAGGUGAGUAGUACACAUUAUGCUCCAAGUUGUUCUACCUGCAAAUCAAAUAGUUUUACAAAAUGUUACUAUUUUUUCAGAUUACAGACAAAAAUAUCCUUCCGGCAAUCCAUAACUUUGAGGCAUACAUCAGGCUAUGAAGGGAGCAAGCAGAAUGGACUCCUUAUGAGGAUUAACCGAAUCUUCAGCCAGAGGGUUAGUUUCAAGAGUAAAUAGAUUCACUAAUGUGUUUAAGCCAUUUUUCUUUUUUUGGCACAUUUCUUUUGGAAAAAAUAUUUUCCCUCUAAAGAUUGAAUAUGCAAUAUAGCAAUAGAACUAUAUAGAACUAUGCUAAUAUAACAUUUCUUUUAAGAAACAGAUCCAACUGGUGGUGCCAAAUUAGAUCCAUAUUCAGAGAUGCAUUAUUAGUUGCAUUGUGCAAUUUCUGAAAAACCUCUAUAUGGUUUUGGAUAAUAAUUAUAGCAAAGAAAUGUGUAAUUUUAUCUUGACUUGAUAAUGACUAUUAUGAUUAUGACUAUUAUGGGUGGAGAUGAAGAUUCCAUGACAGUGGAUAAGGGGAUUAUUUGGGUGGGAAUGCUUUGAGAUGUCUCCAUAUUAACUGAAAUUGGAAUUCUGAAGUGUCCCUAUUACAUUGCACUGUGCAAAAAUGCUAUUGGAGGAACAAUUAUUGUCAACGUUGUAUAUACUAUCUUAAUUAAUCUUAUAUAAAGUGCAUAUUUCAGUUCUGAAAUUAAUAUAAAGUAAAACUCCUAUAUUCUCUAUCUGAAUAAAUUAUAUCCUUAAAAUCCUACUGACUAACAAAAAAAAUAGGACCUUUGUCUACUUGUCUAGUAAUUCUAUAGAAAUGAUAUAUCUACAUUGUUGGCUUCCAUGUUGAUUAUUCUGUCAGCCUAUUUGGAAGGGUAUAUUUUAACCUUGGAGGCAGAAGGAGUCCCAGCAGUGUUUAAGGUCUCAAAAUCAGGGGUCUCUCCAGUUCGAACCUCACUUGUUCACAUGAUCCUCAAAGCCCCACAUAUGUUGAACUCCAACACUAGCUAGAAGAUCUCUACCAAUUUUGGAUGAAACCCCAUCCAUGUUCCUAGGACAAUGCAUGCGCAUUUUAGGCUCCAGGUCUACAAAGUAACUGCCAGAACAUUCUCACUUCCUUCAGCAGCUUCUAGAAUAAAAAUUAGCCUUACAUGAAGAGCAUCACACAAAUCAGGAAAUGAGGAUUGACUCUGAGCCUUGGCUUGUAGUAUCAUCCUUGACACAGGGCUUGGCCCUCAGUCCCUUUAGGGAUGCCACUACAUGGCCCUUUAUAAGAGCCCCCUGGUCCUAGUUGCAAAGCUGUCUCUGCCACUUCAGGCAGGUUUUAUGGAUUGGAAAAAGAGGUCACAUAUUUUAUAUAACUUAUUGUAGCUCUUUAUGGUACACUGCCUGCCCAGUUUCAUUUGCAAUAACCAAGGCUGGUCUCCAAAUAGAUUUCCCAACAUUUCAUACAGAGAAAAUCUAAUACCACAUUCUCCUUAUUAAUUGGUGCUUAUCUACUAUAAUAGGAGUAAUUUCUGUAGAAUCUAACAUCACAUUUGCUCUAACAUCUUAACUAAACAUCUUGCAUGGAGACUUGGAUAAUAAUCUUGCUGUAAAAGAUUUUCUUCAGCUUUCUAAAAUAUUUCACAGUAGAUAAAUGAGAGAAUUGUCAAGGACAGUGUCAGACUGGGGUGUCCACCAAUUCAAGGGCCUACCACCCCAGUUGCAAAUGCGCUCCCCCCCCCUAAUGCCAUCCCAUCUCGUAUCUAUUUCCCCCUGGUGUCCUGCUGGCCCAGUCUGACCCUGAUCUAGGACCCAACUUCUCUCUUUGCCCUUCCAUCAAAUGUAAGCACUUACAGUGCGGAAGAACAAGAUACAGGGAAGAUGCUAAGGCAUGUAAUCAAAUUUGCCAUGUCUUUGUUGAUGCUAGAGUAAGUGCACAUAGGAUAGUAAAUGAGUACCACUUAAUGAGGGAAUGUGGCAUCAAGAGUGGGAAUAUAUAUUUGGGUUUCAGUCCCAGAAGGUGUUGGAAACUUGUUUGGGCAAUGUAACGUAAAGAAGGAAAUUAAGUAAGGAAACCACCCUGCAGAUCAAUGUCCCAGAAGAAAUAUAGGCUAAAACUUAUAUGUGGGCCCUUUUCCAACACAUAGUAUCUGGAUGAUGUGGGCUAAAUGGCUAAGCAGCAAGGUGGGGGAUAAAAGGUCCCUCUAGCGACAUCCUUAUAUGGAUUGUGGGUCACUGUGAAUCCCUUAUCAUCUGGAUGCUUCACAUAAGGCCUGUCUCUGUUUUAUAAGCUGUUGCAUUCCCCCAUUGAUAUCAGAAGCAUGUCUUACAAUUUCCAGUGGCUGCUUUGAAGGUCUGAGCCCAAAAAGCCAUUUGCAAUAUCCCAGAUUGAGACAAGAGACUUUUCUGCAUUGGUGGUCACAAAGUUCUAAAAGGUAGUGGAGCUCCUCAUCUGUGGAGACUAGAGGAUCCUGAAGACCAUCAAGUUUGAUGCUGAAGGGGCUUUAGUCUUCAUGAUGGGGCAAUAAUCCCUUCUGUAUUCAUGGUCAAAUGAACCCCUUUCACUUAGCCUACAGAACAACACUUUUCUUCAAAUAUGUAAUGCAUUUUACAUAUGUUUUAAUCAUUAUGUGCACACAGGCUAGAACUAGGGGUAGGUAGGAACUUAGAGAGAGGUGCAAUUUAAGGGGGAGUGGAAAAGCCAACAGGAAGCAGAAACCAGCAGCGGGAGAGUGAGCAGAGCAUUGGUCAGUAGCAGAUUGAGCACCAGUUGUGGGUUGGCGUGUCAGUCGGCAGUUGGCAGCAUUCAGUCAGGGUGCAGGACCAAGUAGUAUUGUUUGAGGUGCAAAUACUAUUUGCUCGGCUCUGUGUGCACAUUCCUCAGAGACCUGAAAAUGCACUUUUCUGAAAAAUUCUAAAUCCACACUAGCUAUGUGUCUGCAGUUUACAGCAUUGAUGUGCUAUAUAAUAUGUGAUGUUGACAGUAACAGCAUUUUUGGGACACAGCAAUACGGCAGGACUGCUUUGGAAUUCUAAUUUCAUUAACAGUGGAUCCAUAACUGAAAUCUCUACUAAGAGCUUUGGCCAAUUUCCCCACCCAUAAUAGUCCCCAUGAUCAUAUUUUAUGAUAAAAAUCAAGAUACUAUAUAUUUGCUUGAAAAAAAAACAUGAUCCCAAACCAUUGGGAAGGUUAAUAAUGCAAAAUGCAGCUAGCAGUGGUCUAUUGGUAUAUCUAAUAUGGCACCACUGGUUUGGUUUAUUUUGUAUUAACAAAAAAAAUCAUUAAUCCACCAAAAAUUAUAUUAGUAAAGUCCAUGUAAAUAUCAAUUACAUAUUGUCAAAUUAGGGUUUGACGAUUGGUUAAGUGAUUCUGUUUUAGACCUAUCAUCAAGAGGCCAAAAAAAAUGUUUUUUCUAGAAGAAACUUUCCAAGAUUUUUUUUUUAUAUAUUUACAAAUGAAACCUUAAUCUAUUUACUUCUGAAAACUAGCCGGCCGGCUGAAGAUCCAGCAUCUCCUCAUGAGUAGUACCAUCCUCGCUCCCUCCUUGGGUUGAAUGAUGUCAAUACUGUAUAGGUACAACAUUUACACUGUACAGGUACAACAUCUAAGCAGAUUUAAAGAGAUAAAAUGAAAAUGUAAAAUACUCAUGAGCUACAAAAUUAGAAUGUUCAUUGAGAGAAGGAGCAAAAUGUGUUUGAAUACUCACCAGGAUGUGUCUUCCAACUCUCCUUGUCCUUAUAUAAUUUCUAUGGCAAUCAUAUGCUGGUAUGUUCUUUCUAAUGCAGCACUUUAUGUCAUACAGUCUAAUGUGACACACCAGCCAAUAGUGACGGUACAGGGUGAUGGCAUUCGCUGUCUGACAUUGCGGUUUAGCUGUGUUCACGGGGACUGUAUCGUUUCUCCAAGCCUUCAAUUGCAACAUAAUCUAAUGCCACAUUCUGCCCUUGACUUCAGAUUCUCCCAACUCUCCUACUACUAGGGUCUUCUUCCAAUAAGGAGAAUGACAAGGAUGACUACUCUACACUCUCCCUCUUUCUUUUCCAAGCCUGAUCCUGCUCCCACCAUGAUUAUCCUCACCUAGACCCCUUAUCUUUGCCUCUUAUCCCUUUUCCAUAAUCACCUGUUCCUGUCCCUUACCCCCAGCCCAUACCAUAGCCAAAUCUCAAUACCCAUCCCUUUAGUUAACCCUUCCUCCCCCUUCAUUCAAGUGGAUUUUGUUCAUGUCCCCCCUGUCCCUUUGUCUCCAUUCACGGUUGCUGGUCUUGUGUCUCAACCAAUCUCCUAACUUCCAAUAUCCUCUAAGACUUGAUCCAACAGGCUCAACAGUAGCCUCCACUCUACAUUCCAACAUUAUUGUUCUUCUCCCCAACUGUUCUUCAGGUCACUCCCAGUGCUCCCCUGCAGACCUUAUUUGCUUAGUUUUUGGUUCGCUGCCCAUACAGUACUCCUUCCUCUUGCACAGUGUGUGACUUCAACCUCCCUCCAUGGGAUAUAAAAAUGGUCACCACGGACUUUCUUGCUUGGUGGCAUGAGUUUAUUUUAUUCAAAGUUUACUGAUAUUUGCUUAGAUUACUCAUCGUUCAUUAGUAGAGAACAGUCAUCAAUAUACCUGUAUUAAUUUAUCACUUUGAUUUGUCUUGCUUAUCAUUGCUAAAUAAAUAUAUAUUUUUUGACAAAACCCAUCACAAAUUGUUGACAAAGGGUAUCAAAAAAGUGAAUGUUGAUAAAUAGACCAUGUCACAUAAAAGUCAAGCAUUUGCUGCUGCCUCACAGAACGCAAUCAGUUUAUGUUUUAUUUUGUUCCAUGUUGAAAGUUGCUACUUAUUACUGACCAAAAUACAAUUUUUUGGUUGUGUUUUUUUAAUAAGAGAAACCUGUUUUAUAUGGUGCUAGAACAAUUAUACCAAAUCUGUAUUAUAAGAAUAAAUAAAUAUUAUUUUAAAUGUG